CUUCGGGAUUUGUUUUACUCUAUGCGGAAGUUGCAAGUUUCAUAACAGUUAUGUACACAUUGGCUUGUAUAUGUUGGAUAUUGUAGUGGUAUAAUAAAUACGUCAACUUCAUUAAAGUGUUUAUUUACGAAAUGGUCAACCUUGGACUCACAAAAGUGGACGAUGCGCUUGCAGCAAAACAUCCGGGUUUACAGCAGUAUGCUGCCUGUCAGUCUCAAGCCUUCAUGAAAGGGACAGCGACCUUUAUAUUGGGGACAAGUGGAUUAUUUCUCAUACAAAAAGUUAUUCAGAAGAGGCUUCCAUAUCCUUUGCAGUGGAACCUGCUGAUUUCAACAGCGGCUUCGUCAGUGGGCAGCUAUGCAGUGACACGCUGGGAGACAAUGAAGUGCACUGACCUAUGGAUGCUAAUAGAGACAGGGAAAGUACCAGACCGAACACCACACAUAGCAGAGCCUGCCCCUGAGGAACCAGCUGGGCCUAAGAAGACCCCAUAUGGAGAUGUGAUGGAAUGACCACAGGACAUACUCAUGUACAGGCAACCCCAGUCCUCUGCUUCACAUCUCAACCCUAUCAAUAAACACAUUUAUUUAGGUAUUAUGGUUCAACUGCAUCACCAUUGGACAAUGUUCUGCCAUGCUGCACUUAGUUUCACGUGGGUUCAGUGAUUGAACCCUUUAUAUAGAUCAGAAAACCUUGUAAGUUGAUCAUGGCAUUUUGUCAGAUUGGGCCACCCUGACUUGUGUCCAGAUGAGUACUAUAUAGUGCAUAGUUUAUUUAAUAUAUGGAAAAGGUAAGGUAAAAGCAUUAUAUGUUAUAGAGUGGGCUUGAGGGUUGAAUAAACAAUGUCCGUUUGAUCACAUCCUGUAAAAACUUCACCUGUUGAAUUCGGCGCAUGUGAUAAAUAAAAUUUGAUUUGAUUUACUGGGUUUAAUGCAAUAGAAAUCAUGUUUAUCAUUAAGCUUUUAUCUCCUCAAAGGUAAACCACUGUUGACACAUGAGUAAGGGUCAGAUUUCCAGAACAAUAGGCUGUGAGAUUUGGAUUUGGAGCGCAGGGUUUUUUCUGGAUCAAAAAGGGUGGUUGGUAGGGGGUGUGGCAAAGAGCGUGGCUACAUACACAUUUUAGAGGCUCCCAUCUUGGAGAUGAGUCUAAAGCUAUUUAUCUAGGGCUUCCUGAGUGGUGCAGUGGUCUAAGGCAGUGCAUCGCAGUGCUUGAGGCAUCACUACAGACCCGGGUUCAAUCCCAGGCUGUGUCAUUGGCCUAGCGUCGUCUGGGUUAGGGGAGGGUUUGGCCAGGGCGGGCUUUACUUGGCUCAUCACUGUCUAGUGAGCCGGGUGCCUUUUGUAAUGCAGCUGAGAGAAAAUGUUGCAUUUUAAAACUUAUUUGGGUUCGGUGUCUCUUCCACGGGACGGUAGAGCUAACGUAGGCUAAAUCGAUUAGCAUGAGGUUGUAAGUAACAAGAACAUUUCCCAGGACAUAGACAUAUCUGAUAUGGGCAGAAAGCUUCAAUUCUUGUUAAUCUAACUUCGCUGUCCAAUUUUCAGUAGCUAUUAUAGUGAAAGAAUACCGUCCUAUUGUUUGAGGAGAGUGCACAAUUUUGAACAUAAAGUUAUUAAUAAACAAAUUAGGCACAUUUGGGCAUCUUGAUUUAAAAUUUUGAACAGAAAUUCAAUGGUUCAUUCAAUGGUUAAUCUAAAAUGUUGCACAUACACUGAUGCCAUCUAGUGGCCCAAAUCUAAAUUGCACCUGGGCAGGAAUAAUACAUUAUGGCCUUUCUCUUGCAUUUCAAAUAUUAUGUAUUAUCUUUUACCAGAUCUAUAGUGUUAUAUUCUACUACAUUCCUUUCACAUUUCCAUAAACUUCAAAGUGUUUCCAUUCAAAUUGUACCAAUAAUAUGCAUAUCCUUGCUUCAGGGCCUGAGCUACAUGCAGUUAGAUUUGGAUAUGUAAUUUUAGAUGAAAAUUGAAAAAAAUGGGCUAAUCCUUAAGAGGUUUAAUGCUAAUUUCCCAUGAUUCUACAUAUUCUGCCAUGGAGCUGAGGAUUUCUUUUGUAGUUUCUUUUGCUCAAACAAUAAAAAAAUGAAUACUG